AUGGACGCCUCCAACAGCUCACAGGAUCCCCCAGCUAACAGCACCCCGGGGCCCUUCGAUGGCCCCCAGUGGCCCCACCAGGCCCCGCGGGGCGUGUACCUGUCGGUGGCCGUGCUGAUGGGCGUCGUCGUGGUGUCGGCCUCGGUGGUGAACGGCUUGGUCAUCCUGGUUUCCAUCAGGCACAGGAAGCUGCGUUCUCCCCUGAACUACAUCCUGGUGAACCUGGCCGUGGCCGACCUGCUGGUGACGCUCUGCGGCAGCUCCGUCAGCUUCUCCAACAACAUCAACGGCUUCUUCGUGUUCGGCAAGCGCAUGUGUGAGCUGGAGGGAUUCAUGGUCUCCCUGACAGGCAUCGUGGGGCUGUGGUCCCUGGCCAUCCUGGCCUUCGAGAGGUACGUUGUGGUCUGCAGGCCCCUGGGAGACUUUCGGCUCAAGCACCGGCACGCCGUCAGCGGCUGCGCCUUCACCUGGACCUGGUCACUGCUCUGGACAACCCCACCGCUCAUGGGCUGGAGCAGCUACGUGCCUGAAGGUCUGAGAACCUCUUGUGGGCCCAACUGGUACACUGGUGGCAGCAACAACAACAGCUACAUCCUGGCCUUGUUUGUUACCUGCUUCGUGAUGCCCCUCAGCCUGAUUCUCUUCUCCUACACCAACCUGCUGAUGACCCUGCGAUGGGCCGCGGCACAGCAGCAGGAGUCGGACACCACGCAGCAGGCGGAGCGGGAGGUGACGCGCAUGGUGAUCACCAUGGUGGUGGCCUUCCUCAUCUGCUGGCUGCCCUACACCACCUUUGCCCUCGUGGUGGCCACCAACAAGGACAUCGUCAUCCAGCCGGCUCUCGCCUCCCUGCCCUCCUACUUCUCCAAGACCGCCACGGUUUACAAUCCAAUCAUCUACGUCUUCAUGAACAAACAGUUUCAGGGCUGCCUGCUGAAGAUGGUGUGCUGUGGUCACCACCCCUGCGGGAUGGGAGAAACUGCCCCGGGAGCCCCCGGCCCCCGCGCAGACGGGCUGAGGAAUAAGGUGACACCAUCUGCCCCUGUGUAA